CCAGUCAACGGGCACAUCUCAAGCGUUGCAGUCGCUUUCCAUGCGAACUUGAUUCCAAACUAUCUCCACUCCUUGGCCAAUUCAGUUGAAGUCUCGUGUAUAUUUAUUUUUUGGCCAACAUCUGCGUGUCUACCAUAGAUUCGCGUGAAAGUGGUCCAAAUCAAUCACUAAAAAACUCAGGAUACAGCUGCAGCUAGUGUUGCAAUUAUCAUACACUAAUCAAAUAGUCACAGCCCUCAUUAUGUUUCUCACAAAGAGUUCAAGUGCGCGGCACUCGUUGCUGCUGCUUCUGUUGGCCUUUUGCUGCCUGAGCAAUGCCUUUGCAGCCAAGAUAACGAAGAAGGUCGAAAAAACGUCGGAAAAGCCAGAGGUGGAGGCUGCUGCAUCGCCAAUCGAGGAGGAAAAUGACGAUGAAGAUGCUGGCGAGGAUGGUGAUGACGACGACGACGACGAGGAGGAGGAGACGGGGGAACCUGCGGUGGAUGCGGCUGACAAAGAAGCUGCAGUAGGGGCAUCGAGUAACAAGAACCCCAAUGCAGUGCAGGCAGCCACGGAUCCCACAGAUCUCAGUGUCUGGGGCAUGGUUCGCACUCUGUGGGGCUGGCUUCGUAGCGAUCUGAGUGAAAGCCUAUUCGGCGAUGACGACGACGGGAAGCCCGCGUCCGGCAGCUCAGCUGUGGAGGGUCGUACCUUUGGCAAAAUCCGCCGUCUUCAAAUGGCUUUGAUACCCAUUAUCUUUAAGUUUGGCGUCCUUUCGGCUAUGGUUGCCUUUCUGGUCGCCAUUGGUAUGAAGUCUCUGUUCCUGCUCAAGGUCUUAGUGGUUAUGAAUGCCAUUGCCAUUCUGGGAAAGUUCAUUACCCUGAAGUCCAGUCUAUUUGGACAGUAUGAGAACACGGCGCCGUCCUUCAAUUACCCGGGCUGGAAUCCUCAUGCCAAGGAGUCGUGGGGCACCACUGGAUUGAGUGGUCAUGGCGCUGGUCAUCCACCCAGCAAGGAGAUUCACCUGCACAUCCACGGAAAUGCCCAGACCCAGGCUCAGCUCGCCGGUCAGGGCUAUCAGUAUGAAUCGCAGUCGGGUGGAUGGGCCAGUCGAUCGGAUCCCUAUGGAGCCUAUGCACCCACGGGCCAAUUCACCGAUAGCCAGCCCGUGGGAGCAGUGGCCGGAGAGGUGCCCAACAAUACGGAUCCCAUGUCCCUGCUGCCCACGAAAUAUCGGGCGAGACAACUCAUCCGCUGAGCAAGAGCUGUUCCACAUGAUGGGAGUUCCACAUGGAAGUCAACGACCACCGCGUUUAAUUAGCUAGCACACAUUUAGUCAGCGACUUUACGAGGACGCAGCUUUACUUACACCUAAAACUAUAGUUACGAGCCUAGUGUUUAAUUAAAUUAUUUGCCCCAAGUAGACUUAAAAUCAAUGAUAAUUUGUAAUAAAUAGUCGUAAUGC